AUGCCUCCGAAACCUACCUUGCUACCUUCUCGUAUCGAACGGUCAAUUUCAAUCCUUGGGGAAUCUCCCAAGGAAGCAAGUAAAGAGACCCUUGAAGAAGAAGGAAAGGAUAAAGGCAAGAGUAAGGAAAGUGUACCGGACCCUCAGGUUAUUCCAACACCGGCUCCGUAUCUUAAUCAAGAACACGUGGAUGAGUUGCUUUACAGUGAUCCCUUGGAAGUUGCUCUUACAGCCGAAGAGGUAGAAUUUCUCGAGUCUUCUGAAUUUGAAGAGUUUGAGGAGCUACCACCAAUUGAGAAGAAGGUUCUCCCAUCUAGUGUUGAGCCACCGAAAUUGGAGUUGAAGCCCCUACCUGAUACUUUGAAGUACGUUUUUCUUGGAGACAAUGAGACUUAUCCUGUGGUUAUUUCCUCUUCUCUUGGGAAUCUCCAAGAGAUGAAGUUGAUCAAUUCACUAAAGGGGCACAUGAAGGCUAUAGGAUGGACAAUUGCUGAUAUCAAAAGGAUUGAUGCUACUCUUUGCUUUCACCAUAUUGCUUUGGAGGAUAACGUCAAGCCGUCCCGCCAACCUCAACGUCGUUUGAACCCGAUUAUGAAGGAUGUAGUUCGUGCUGAAGUUUUGAAGCUCUUGGACGUGGGAAUCAUCUAUCCUAUCGCCGAUAACAAAUGGGUGAACGUUCCGUUUGAAUGGACCCCCGCGUGUGAGCAAGCUUUUGUUAAGUUGAAGGCUAGUCUCACCACUCCUCCUAUUGUGCAACCACCAGAUUGGAGCCUCCCAUUUGAGCUUAUGUGUGAUGCAAACGAUUAUGCUGUUGGAGCCGUCUUAGGACAAAGGAAGGACAAGCAUCCGUAUGUUAUCCAUUAUGCAAAGUUCAAUUUGACUAUCAAGGACAAAAAGGGUGUCGAGAAUGUGGUAGCCGAUCAUUUAUCAAGGUUACAAUUCGAGGAUCCUACUCCAAGUUUACCUAUUGUGGACGCGUUUCCGGAUGAACAAUUGUUUGCUAUUUCGAGUACCCCAUGGUUUGCGGAUAUAGUGAAUUAUUUGGCUACGGGACUCUUACCGCCACAUUGGUCUCCUCAAGAACGUCGUCGGUUCCUUCAUGAAGUACGAAUGUUCUCUUAUGAUGACCCUUAUCUCUUCAAGUAUUGUCAAGAUCAAAUAGUGCGCCGUUGUGUUCCAGAUUCCGAUCAACGAAGAAUUCUUGAGUUUUGUCACUCAGAAGCUUGGGCGGUUGAUUAUGUUUCAAAAUGGGUAGAAGCCAUCGCAACGCGUACCAAUGAUGCCAAAGUAGUGGUGGAGUUUCUCAAAGACAACAUUCUUUCACGUUUCGGGAUGCCGAGAGCAAUCAUAAGCGAUCAAGAAACUCACUUUUGCAAUCGUGUUUUUGGGGCAUUAAUGAAGAAGUAUGGAAUCACUCACAAGGUCUCCACUGCUUAUCAUCCUCAGACGAAUGGGCAAGCUGAGUUGGCAAAUAGGGAAAUCAAGCACAUUUAG